ACCGUGCCGGGGAAUCCAGAAAGCUCAGGACAGAGGACUGCCACCAGCCUCCAGGGGCCUGCCAAGCUGUCCUCCAUGUGUGACUGAGUUAGGGAAGGAGAGGCAGGAUGGUGGAAGGAAAAGGAAAAAUAAACCCAGAAGCUCAGGUGAAAGCCGGUAAGGAACCUCAUUGGUUCAAGUUCGCUGUGUGCAUAAAAAUGGUUAAAUAUUAAUUUAGGGCAAAGAGGGCAAAAUGAACAAGGGGCAAAAUUCAGAGGAAAGAGAGGUAGAUAGGGGCUAUAAAAAGCACUGGUUCGUUUAGGGAAAAGAGCCAGGAGCCCUGAGGUUUAGAGAGCGUGAACUGUUUAUUUUUGGUUGCUACCUGUACUCUCCCCCAGAUGGCCUGCCUCCUCCAUGUGUUUCAGAAAGUUUUCUUCUUAGUGCUCUGGGGGGAGGUUGUAGGGGACAAGCUGCUGGUGGUCCCCCAGGAUGGAAGCCACUGGCUCAGUAUGAAGGACAUAGUUGAGCUCCUCAGUGAGAAGGGGCAUGACAUUGUGGUGCUCGUGCCAGAAGUCAAUUUGCUUCUGAAGGAAUCCAAGCACUACGCAAGAAAGAUCUACCCAGUGCCGUACGACCAGGAAGAGCUGCAGAAUCGUUACCGCUCUUUUGGAAACAAUCACUUUGCUGAGAGAUGGCUCCUGAACGCGGCUCAGACGGAGUACAGGAAUAACAUGAUUGUUAUUGACAUGUACUUCACCAACUGCCAGAGCCUCCUGGAGGACACGGCCACCCUGAGCGUCCUCCGGGAGAGCAAGUUCGAUGCCCUUUUCACAGACCCGGCCCUACCCUGCGGGGUGAUCCUGGCCGAGUACCUGGGCCUGCCCUCCGUGUACCUCUUCAGGGGCUUCCCAUGCUCCCUGGAGCAUACGAUGAGCAGGAGCCCGAACCCCGUGUCCUACAUUCCCAGAUGCUACACUCAAUUCUCAGACCAGAUGACGUUCCCCCAACGGGUGGCCAACUACCUCGUUAAUUACUUGGAGACCUAUCUGUUCUACUGUCUGUAUUCCAAGUAUGAAGACCUUGCCUCCAAUAUCCUCAAGAGAGAUGUGCACUUACCCACCUUGUAUCGGAAGAGCUCCAUUUGGCUGUUAAGGUACGACUUUGUGUUUGAGUAUCCCAGACCAGUCAUGCCCAACAUGGUUUUCAUUGGAGGGACCAACUGCAAGAAGAAGGGAGUCCUGUCUCAGGAAUUUGAAGCCUACGUUAAUGCUUCCGGAGAACAUGGAAUUGUGGUUUUCUCCUUGGGCUCCAUGGUCUCAGAGAUUCCUGAGAAGAAAGCUAUGGAAAUUGCUGAUGCUUUGGGAAAAAUACCUCAGACAGUCCUGUGGCGGUACACUGGCACUCCACCACCGAAUCUUGCGAAGAACACAAGACUCGUCAAGUGGCUGCCCCAGAACGACCUGCUUGGUCACCCGAAGACUCGUGCCUUUAUCACACAUUCUGGCUCCCACGGCAUAUACGAGGGGAUUUGCAACGGCGUUCCAAUGGUGAUGUUGCCCUUGUUUGGCGAUCAGAUGGACAAUGCGAAGCGCAUGGAGACCAGGGGGGCUGGAGUGACCUUGAACGUCCUGGAAAUGACGUCUGAAGAUUUAGCAAAUGCCCUAAAAACUGUCAUCAAUGACAAAAGCUAUAAGGAGAACAUUAUGCGCCUCUCCAGCCUGCACAAGGACCGCCCCAUCGAGCCCCUGGACCUGGCUGUGUUCUGGGUGGAGUUCGUGAUGAGGCACAAGGGGGCUCCGCACCUGCGCCCCGCAGCCCAUGAUCUCACCUGGUACCAGUACCACUCUUUGGACGUGAUCGGCUUCCUCCUGGCCGUUGUGCUGGGGGCUGUCUUCAUCGCUUACAAGUGUUGUGUCUUGGGCUGCCGGAAGUGCUUUGGGAAGAAAGGACGAGUGAAGAAAUCUCACAAAUCCAAGGCACACUGAGAAGCAGCUGGAAAAUGAGACGACUCGAAGCUGCAGCCAGAGGCAACGUUAAGUUUAUGUUUUGCUUAUUAAAGAAAUACUUUUUUAAAAAAUAAAAACAAUCCAAUUGCUAGUCACGCCUACAGGUAGAGACACCUGAAUGGUUUCUGCCUCCUGUAGUGUCUUUGAUCCGACCACCCAUGUCAUCUUUCCAGUGAAUGGCCAAGAUGGUCGGACAGGUGUCUCCUGCACUUUGCAUUACUUUUCUUACUUAGAAGUGAGGCCUGUUUGGGGGGGGCACAGGUUUCAGAGGUCCCCCCGCCCCCACCCUGCCACCUGGGAGGACGGUUCUAACAUCAUCGUCUGGCUUCUGUAGUUCCUUCACCGGUGACAGCAGGUCCUAACUAAUGCUCCUGCUUCACUGAUGUCACUUUGUGUAUCUGAAGAAGGAGACGUUUGUUUAUUCCGGGGGCCUCGUGCCUUGUACUUGAAAUAAAGGAGUGACAUGGGAACUUUUGAGAACGGUGUCUGAUUUCUGACUUCAAGGAAAAGAAUGAUGUGUAAAGUUGAUGAGUGAGGUGUUCAAGAGGAUAAUCAUGGCUUAAUCAUGGCUUGUGGCAAAUGGAUCUCAUUUGAGAAAAACCCACAGUAGAGUGUCUCACAAGUGUAUUUUCUCGGAUGUUUUCCACAACUGAGAACAUUAAUAAAUUCAUGUAAAUUAUA